AUGACGCAAAUCAGCACAAGCCGAGUAUCACCUCAAGCGGAGGCUCUCGCGGCAUCGAUGAAGCCCUCCCAACCGCCACCAACCACCAAUUGGGACGCGGAUGGCAUGGUCAACAUCAUUUCCAACGGUCGCAUCCAGGGCACAUAUCCCUCAGCCAAGGCAUGGACGUCAGAUGCCGUGCCGCCUGGCUCCUCAGCCGACCUCUCCGCACCAGCAACUGCUGUCCAUUAUUACAGGCAACGACGCGAUUUGGACGAUGCUCCAGACGGCGCGGCGUCCGCAGUUGCAACCUGGCUGUCGACGCUGUUGUGCAUGCCCCGGUUGGGCUCCGGACGAGCCCAGGGUUGCCGCAGCGGGGGCAGCGUAGACAGUGUCGACUUCGUUUCCACCUGGCAGAAGGCACAAGCAGAGGCGGCAGCGCGCCGGGUAGUACCGGUGCUGAAACGGGCGAGCGCACCGAACACGCCUGAGGAUUCUCCUUCAGUCCGGACGGAGGUGGCGACUGCCAACGGUGGCGGCGGCACAGCAGCGGCCCAAGUGUCCUCCCCACUGCCGCGGAUCGAAUCCAAGAGCGGCCGAAGCAUCAGCUUCGGGGCAGCUUCACAGGGGCCCGCAAGUUGCCCCGUUGCGCCCUCCUGCGCUUCCUCGGGCGACCUGGUCAUGUUCGUGUCUGAGUCUCUCGCGCAAGUGGCGGCCUCCGGUAGUCGACCCGACAGCCGCCAGACGGGCAAGCGAAGCGUGCGCUUCAAUUAA